UGCCGGAGCCGCCGCCGCCGCCGCCGCCGCAGCGAUGAAUUCCGCCGAGCAGACCGUUACGUGGCUCAUCACCCUGGGCGUGCUCGAGUCGCCCAAGAAAACCAUCUCGGACCCGGAGGUCUUCCUGCAGGCGUCGCUGAAGGAUGGGGUGGUCCUCUGCCGGCUGCUGGAACGCCUGCUCCCCGGGACCAUCGAGAAAGUCUACCCGGAGCCGCGGAACGACGGCGAGUGCCUGAGCAACAUCCGCGAGUUCCUGCGCGCCUGCGCGGCCUCGCUGCGGCUGGAGACGUUUGACGCAAAUGAUUUGUAUCAGGGGCAGAACUUUAACAAGGUCCUCAGUUCCCUAGUGACUCUAAAUAAAGUAACAGCAGACAUUGGACUAGGAAGUGACUCUGUGUGUGCUCGGCCUUCUUCACAUCGGAUCAAGUCAUUUGAUUCCUUGGGAUCCCAGACCUCACACAGUCGGACUUCAAAAUUGCUCCAGGGCCAGUACCGGAGUUUGGACAUGACUGACAGUAGCAACAGCCAACUGGUAGUGCGGGCCAAGUAUAACUUCCAGCAGACCAAUGAAGAUGAGCUCUCCUUCACCAAGGGGGACGUCAUCCACGUCACGCGAGUGGAGGAAGGAGGCUGGUGGGAGGGCACACACAACGGCAGGACCGGUUGGUUUCCCAGCAACUAUGUGCGCGAGAUCAAGCCAACUGAGAAGCCUGUGUCACCCAAAUCAGGAGCCUUGAAGAGCCCUCCCAAAGGGUUUGACACUACUGCCAUCAACAAGAGCUAUUACAAUGUGGUGCUACAGAAUAUUUUAGAAACAGAAAAUGAAUAUUCUAAAGAGCUGCAGACUGUGCUUUCCACCUACCUGCGGCCAUUGCAGACCAGCGAGAAGUUGAGUUCAGCAAACACUUCCUAUUUAAUGGGAAAUCUUGAAGAGAUAUGCUCCUUCCAGCAAACGCUUGUACAGUCCUUAGAAGAGUGCACCAAGUCGCCUGAGGCCCAGCAGAGAGUCGGCGGCUGCUUUCUGAGUUUGAUGCCCCAGAUGAGGACUCUGUACCUCGCAUAUUGUGCCAACCACCCAUCUGCCGUGAGCGUCCUCACAGAGCACAGUGAGGACCUGGGGGAGUUCAUGGAGACGAAAGGUGCCAGCAGCCCCGGGAUCCUUGUGCUGACCACUGGCCUCAGCAAGCCCUUCAUGCGCCUGGACAAGUACCCCACACUGCUGAAGGAGCUGGAGAGACACAUGGAGGAUUAUCAUCCUGAUAGGCAAGAUAUUCAGAAAUCCAUGACUGCCUUCAGAACUCUGUCAGCCCAGUGUCAAGAAGUACGGAAAAGGAAAGAGCUUGAGUUGCAGAUCCUGACCGAGUCUAUCCGGAGCUGGGAAGGUGAUGACAUCAAGUCAUUGGGCCACGUCAUUUACAUGUCCCAGGUCCUGAUUCAGUGCGCAGGAAGUGAGGAAAAGAAUGAAAGAUACCUUCUACUCUUCCCAAAUCUUUUGCUGAUGUUGUCUGCCAGUCCCAGGAUGAGUGGCUUCAUCUAUCAGGGAAAGCUACCGACGACAGGAAUGACAAUCACAAAGCUAGAAGACAGUGAAAACCAUAGGAAUGCAUUUGAGAUAUCAGGGAGCAUGAUUGAGCGGAUUCUGGUGUCCUGUAAUAACCAGCAGGACCUGCACGAAUGGGUGGACCAUCUGCAGAGGCAGACCAAGGUCACGUCCACGAGCAACCCCACCAUCAAGCCCCACUCCGUGCCGUCUCACACUCUCCCCUCCCAUCCUAUCACUCCAUCCAGCAAGCACGCGGACAGCAAGCCCGCAGCCCUGACGCCUGCGUACCACACACUCCCCCACCCCUCCCACCAUGGCACCCCGCACACUACCAUCAGUUGGGGACCCCUGGAGCCUCCGAAGACCCCCAAGCCUUGGAGCCUGAGCUGCCUACGGCCUGCACCUCCCCUCCGGCCCUCAGCUGCUCUCUGCUACAAGGAGGACCUCAGCAAGAGCCCCAAGAGCAUGAAGAAGCUCCUGCCGAAGCGCAGGCCGGAAAGGAAGCCCUCGGACGAGGAGUUCGCCUCGCGGAAAAGCACAGCUGCUCUGGAGGAAGAUGCUCAGAUCCUGAAAGUUAUCGAAGCUUAUUGCACAAGCGCCAAGACGCGGCAGACACUCAAUUCAACAUGGCAAGGCACUGACCUGAUGCAUAAUCACGUCUUGGCAGAUGACGACCAAUCAAGUCUAGACUCCUUGGGUCGUCGCAGUAGCCUUUCUCGUUUGGAGCCCUCAGACCUCUCGGAAGACUCUGAGUAUGACAGUAUAUGGACAGCCCAUAGUUACAGAAUGGGUUCUGCAUCCCGCUCACGCAAAGAAGCCGUUCCACAAGUUUUGCUUCCAGAAGAAGAGAAAAUUAUAGUCGAAGAAACUAAAAGUAACGGUCAGACAGUGAUAGAAGAAAAGAGCCUCGUGGACACAGUGUACGCGCUAAAGGACGAAGUCCAAGAGUUAAGACAGGACAACAAGAAGAUGAGGAAGUCAUUAGAGGAGGAGCAGAGGGCCCGCAGGGACCUGGAGAAGCUGGUGAGGAAGGUUCUGAAGAGCCUGAAUGACCCUGCUUGGGAUGAGACCAACCUAUAGGCCGCCCCCUCCUCCUCCAGCCUGAAGACCAGCAGUUCCCAGACCAGGUCGGGACCUCUGGCCCAGGCAGGGUGACUGUCGGGACUGAGGAAGGGGGUCUCCGUCGGGCAAAUGGACAGUGCCACGGCUGAAACACCCACAUGUGAGCCACAGGCACGGGACCCACGCCGCAUCAGCCUCCCGCUCAGACCUCUCGGUUCCCUCACUGUGCAGUGACGGGCCCAAGUCCCGGCUUUUGGACUUGCACUUGAAUAUAGAAACACACGUGCUUCUUGUAAAUUCUCCAUGCCAGACGCAUGUCUGGAUCGUGUGGGGGGCUGACCCUCUUGCUAGGGUUUUUCUUCCCACCAGCCUUUCUGGACAUGAGGAUUUGGAGCUGCUUUCAUGAAGCUUUGAAAACAGGUGGAAAGAUGGCCUUCAGCAGAGGUCUGAAGUUCUCAGCACCCGCGUGGGCUCCCCGUGCUGAGGCAGCAGGACCGUGUUUUUGUCACCAGUCUUCCCUUUCAGUAUUCUAGCCUCAGGCCUGUGGCUGUGCCCUGGCCACCAUACCGGCUGAAUGAGACUCGGUCCUGAAUUCCAGCAAGUCUUCAUCCACCUGUCUACCUACCGGUGCUGGCUCCCAUCGCUGACCCAGGGAAUGGGUUACGGGAGUGUGUCACGGCGGGGAAGUGGGUGAGUUUGGCCUAUGUGGGCUCAUGUGGAAACUUGACAGAAUGCACUGUUUGACCCUCACCCUGAGAAAACUAGGACCUGUACAUAGAUGCAUUAUUUAUUGUACACCGCAGCCAGUGAGCCUGGACAGAGGCGGUGCUGCAAGCUAACGCUGUCAGCUGACCUCAACCCUGAGGUCUGCUUUGCCGUGGGCUCUAGCCAGCACUGUUCCAGACCCACUGAAAGCCCGCCCUCCCUCUUUCAGCAAGAAUAAAGCAAUACACACCUGAACUCGAGCUGGGUAGUCAAGGACUGCCCUGAGCUGUGGAGAGGGCCCUGCCUUGGCUUCGUUCUGCUGCCUCCCCAGGUGGGCUUGGGAGGGCCCGCCGCAGGGGCUGCUGCUGCUUCAGCAGCAGGUGACGGUGACCUCCGGAGCUUAGCCACCUGCUUUGUCCAGAGCUUGCUUUGAGUGGAGGAAGCUUGUCCAUAGGCAGUGUUACGGAUUUAAAAUCAGGAGCAGCACCGCGCGUUGUGUGCUGGCCUCACACACGCUGGCUGACUUGGUCUGCUGGCCAGGCCACCCUUUGCCCUCACACAAGCCUUCUGUGGUGGUUUUGAGCUGGGCUCUUUGCAGGUGCUUCCUGUUCUGGUGUUGGCUUCUGCCUCUGCACUGACUGGUCCCAGUCUCCCCCGCCCGGGCCUGUCAGCCCCAGUCCAGCAGCCUCACUUGGCCUUCUCUAGAUCACCUCAGCGUCAGCGUUCUGUCCACUAACACCGAAGCAAGAGAAGAUGGCAUAUCUCUGUUCUUGUUUUCCAAGUGUUUGGGGGAUUCGCAGGCCAUCACAGAGGAGCAUGGUCAAGUGCGUUUGCUCUCGCAGCACAGUCUAACUCAGGAACAACUCCCCACAUCACCACCACCAGCCACAGCUGGCCUGGGUUGCCGUGCAGCUCCAAAAAUCGUCCUUGCCACCAAUGAGGUCGCCUUCUCUGUCCCAGGAUGAUCUUCUACAGACCUGCCUUAAUGAUUCCCUUGAUGUAUUUCAUGAGAAUACUCAUGUUUUUAACAUCCCUGCCUGGACGUGGUGGCCAGAAUUGUGUGUGGACACAUUGCCUUCUCUUUCUGAGGAGCCCGUAUAUAGGCUCUCCAGGCAGCAAGAAUCUGCAUCUGAGAGCAGUUCUUUUUAACUCCCCUGUUACACAUAUGUCUCAUCAGGUGGCCUCCAGGAGUGGGCUUUGGUGUAGAUAAUAAAGGGGCACCAUUCACCAAGGCUGCUCCUGAGCGAGGAGGAGACGAAGCCAUUUCCUAUCCUGUAGAUGUGAAGCACUUUGUUACAAACCGUGGGAGAUGUAGCGGUGUCUGCAGCUCCAGUGAGCUCUCCCUGAGGGGCCUGGACACCUGCACACCUGUGUGCCCCUCCAUGCCAAUCAUUCCCACUUGCUGGGGCGCCCCAACACCAUGGGAAGCCGAGGUGCAGGCAGCAUCCUGGUGUUGACUACUACAGUGUCUGUAUGACAUCCUUGUAAUUAUUAAACUGAUUAUUUUUCUUAUCUCAAAAAA